UGGAGAUGGAUUAUAUGACUCCUAUAUGAGGAUAGAUCAGAUUAGGUACCAAGAGUCUACAAACGAAGAACACAGCCCCUCAGGACUUCCUUCUCUUGGAAGAUCUAAUGUUUCUAGCAACAAACUCGCAAUGAAGGACCACCCUCUGACUGGAAGUCAGGUCAAGGUGGAGCAGUUAUUUGAGGACUCUGGCAACAGAAGGAGUAGCACUCUUCAGUCUGCAGGCAUCGUGGGUUCAGAAAGAUCUCUUCCUUCCCUGACAAAAGAUAAAAGUAUAGAGAGUAUAAGCACUUCUAAAGGUGGUGGUAGUUCCUCAAAAGCACAUAAAGCCGUUUCCCAGGCUCCAGAGCAAGCUGUCAAACAGUAUAAACAUCAGCUAUCUGCUUAUGAGCAGCAAGAGAUACUUACUUUUUCUGAAAUUUACUUUGUGGGUCCAGCUGCAAAAAAGAGGCAAGGAGUAAUUGGUGGUCCCAACAAUGGGGGUUAUGAUGACGACCAAGGCAGCUACAUUCACGUGCCCCAUGACCAUCUUGCUUACCGGUACGAAGUACUCAAAAUCAUUGGCAAGGGCAGUUUUGGACAAGUUGCUAAAGUCUAUGAUCACAAACUCCACCAACACUUAGCCUUAAAGAUGGUUCGCAAUGAAAAGAGAUUCCAUCGCCAAGCAGCAGAAGAAAUCCGGAUUCUGGAACAUCUGAAGAAGCAGGAUAAAACGGGCAGUAUGAAUGUUAUUCACAUGCUGGAAAGCUUCACCUUUCGGAACCACAUCUGUAUGACCUUUGAACUCUUGAGUAUGAACCUGUAUGAGCUGAUUAAAAGAAACAAGUUUCAGGGCUUCAGUAUCCAACUGGUACGUAAGUUUGCUCACUCUAUCCUGCAGUGUCUGGAUGCUCUGUAUAAAAACAAAAUCAUACACUGUGACUUGAAGCCAGAAAAUAUUCUCCUAAAACAGCAAGGGAGGAGUGGAAUCAAGGUUAUAGAUUUUGGGUCCAGCUGUUUUGAGCACCAAAGAGUCUACACAUAUAUUCAGUCUCGAUUUUAUCGGGCACCGGAGGUAAUUCUGGGAAGUCGCUAUGGGAUGCCCAUAGACAUGUGGAGUUUUGGCUGUAUUCUGGUGGAGCUAUUGACUGGAUACCCUCUUUUCCCUGGAGAGGAUGAGGGAGACCAACUGGCUUGUAUGAUGGAGCUUCUCGGAAUGCCACCUCAAAAGCUUUUGGAGCAAUCCAAGCGAGCCAAGAACUUCAUCAACUCUAAGGGUCAUCCUCGCUACUGCACUGUAACUACACAUGCAGAUGGAAGAGUGACCCUUAAUGGGAGUCGAUCCCGCCGGGGUAAAAUACGAGGUGCUCCAGGGAACAAAGACUGGGUGACGGCACUGAAAGGCUGUGAUGAUCCCUUGUUUAUAGAGUUCUUAAAAGAAUGUCUCAGCUGGGAUCCUUCCACACGCAUGACUCCGAGUCAAGCUUUAAGGCACCCUUGGAUUUGUAAACGAACGCCCAAACCACCCAGCACUGAUAAAACCUCCAAUAAACGGAUUUCUAGCUAUACAAGUUCUUUCACAGGCAUAGGUUCCAAGUUGCCUCCUGUAGUUGGAGUAGCGAACAAGCUGAGGGCUAAUUUAACAUCCGACUCCAAUGGCAGUAUACCUCUAUGUACUGUGCUACCCAAACUGGUCAGCUAA